UUUCAAAAAAGAAAUAUCUCUGACUUGGACCAUAUUAAAAAAGAAAUAACAUAUAUAUGAUAUAUGAAAUAAACAAGGAUAACAAGAUGUAAAGAUUGUUCAAGUUUUUUUCGAAGUGAAUCUUGUUUAAAAAAAAUACCGGGACAAGAAAUCAAUUUAAACAUUCAAGCUAAGAUAAAAAGACAAUAGUGAAAUAUAUUUGAAAUAUUGAGAAUCAUGUACCCUUGAAUGGAAUAGUGUGUUGAACUAAGCGUAAACGACGUAACUCAAAUACGUAGAGCAAAUAAAAACUUGAAAGUUUUUCUCAUUUAAAAUAUAUUUGGAUACUACAAUCACACCAACACAAUGGCUUCAUACAGUCAAAAUCAUACACAAACACAUUCGUAUGCCCGUUUAGUCCAGUUUAUAAUUGUAUGUAUUUACAUUUCAAACGUGUUUUUGCAAUCAACCAAAAAUGAGUGUACAUGGCAAACAUAUGGAAAGUCAAUUAUGUGUUUUAUGCGUACAAUAGAUAAUGCAAGUGCCAUUGAUUUUAGUGAUGUUGAUGGUACGGCGACUACACGUACAUUAUCUAUUCACUGCGACAACACAAUCAUCGAUGAAAGUGUUAUAUCGGCUGGUUUUUUUCAUAAACUAGAUAAUUUGGAGCAAAUAAUCAUCGAUGGCUGUAAAUUGAUGCAUCUAAUCAAUAGUUCAUUUACCGGCUUAAGGAAUUUACAACGCAUCGACAUAGAAUCACCUAAUAAUGAAUGGAGUGACAACAAUAAAUUGAAAAUAGAUAGUGGAAUUUUUGUUGAUCAUCCAAAUGUGAAUAGCAUUAAAUUGACGCAGAACAACUUGAGAGAAUUUCCAUAUGAAAUUUUGUGCCCGCUAAAGAGUCUGGAAACGUUGAACAUAUCACAUAACCGUAUCGAUUCGUUUGGUGACUCUGGUUUCAAUUUUGAUGGUGGAUAUUGUAAUGGAACUCGGAAUUCGUUCAACGAUUUGGAAAUGCUCGACAUUAGCUAUAACCAGUUGAUAUCAAUUGAUUGGUCGGAAUCGAAUUUUUCACAGCUGAAAGAACUUCGAUUGCAACAUAAUAAUUUAACGAACAUUAUGAGCGGUACUUUUCAUGGCAUGCAUUCGUUAACACAUCUCAAUCUCAGCUACAACCAACUAGAAACUCUUACCGAUGAUAUGCUAAAUGAUACAAAAAAAUUACAAGAAUUACAUUUACAGAAUAAUAAAUUGUAUCAAUUACCAUCGGCUCUGUUCCGAGAUUUACCCGAAUUGAUGAUAUUAGAUUUGAGUAGUAACCAAUUGUCAAAUCACUAUAUCGACAGUUGGAUUUUCAGUGGAUCUGAAAAUGACGACGAGAUGGAUUUAAUAAGUGAAUCUAAAAAAGAGAAAGACAUCCGUUUGAAACGUUUGGUUGUGUUAAAUUUGGCAAAUAACGCAUUGACCCGCAUCGAAUCGUCGCACUUUAGAUCACUAAGUUUUCUGCAAAUUUUGGAUCUCCGUAAUAAUUCAAUUGGUAUUAUACAUGAUCGUGCAUUUUCUUCAUUACACAAUCUUCAUACACUAAAUUUAUCUGGAAAUCGCAUGCACAUUAUUGGAGCUGGACUUUUUAAUAAUGGUGGUAUACAUGUGUUAACUCGUUUAGUUUUGAGCAACAAUUUGAUUACCUUGAUUGAUACUCGGGCCUUUCGUAAUUGUACCAGCCUAGAAGAGUUAGAUUUGAGUUCCAAUCAAUUAACAGAAGUUCCAGCUGCCGUGCGCGAUUUGAAAAAUUUGAAAAGUUUGGAUUUAGGAGAAAAUCGCAUCAAUGUUUUACGUAAUGAAUCGUUCGAGAAUAUGUUACAGCUGACGGGACUUCGUUUGAUGGACAAUCUUAUUUCAAACAUCACAAAUGGAAUUUUUUAUCCAUUGCGUGGUUUGCAUGUUUUAAACCUGGCCAAUAACAAAAUUCAGAAUAUUGAGCGUGGUGCAUUCGAUAAAAAUUAUAAAAUUGAAGCUAUCCGGCUGGACAAAAAUUUAUUAACUGAUAUUAAUGGUAUUUUUGCUACGCUCAACUCCUUGCUUUGGCUGAACUUAUCUGAAAAUCAACUCGUUUGGUUUGACUACGCUUUCAUUCCAAUGAACCUCAAGUGGUUGGAUAUUCAUAGUAAUUUCAUCGAAGCACUUGGUAACUACUAUCGUCUUCAAUCCGAAAUAACUAUUACUACAUUAGAUGCUAGUCACAACCGCAUCACGGAAAUUGGUUCAUUAUUAGUACCAAAUAGCAUUGAAUUGUUCUUUGUUAACAACAAUCUUAUCCGCAACGUAUAUCCGAACACAUUCAUCGACAAACAAAAUUUGACUCGCGUUGAUUUGUAUUCCAAUGGUAUCACCAAGUUGCAUGUGCACUCACUUCGUAUUUCUGCAAUGGCCUCAAUGAAAAAAAACACCGAAUUCUACUUGUCGGGAAAUCCAUUUGAAUGCGAUUGCUCAAUGGGAUGGUUAGCUCACUACCACCACCAACAACAACAUCAUCCACGCAUAAUGGACUAUGAAAGCAUUGAAUGUUUGGUAACACACACUCGAAACACACCAGUUCGUCUACUUUCAUCGUUAUCGGCUGAAGAGUUUUUGUGUCGUUACGAAUCGAAAUGUCCAGCAUCAUGUCAUUGUUGUGAGCAUACAAAAUGUUAUUGUAAUAUCAAGUGCCCAGACAAUUGUGCAUGCUUUGCGGACCAAAGCGGAGCUAUUAACAAAAUCAAUUGUGGCAAACAAAAUGCAUUGCAGAUUCCGGAACGUGUACCCAUGGAUGCGACCGAUUUAUUUUUGGACGGGAACAACUUCUUUGAAUUGCAAUCAAAUGUCGUAUUCAACAAACUUCGUCAUCUACGUUCUUUAUAUUUGAACAACAGUAAUGUUAUUUCGAUUCAACCGCACGCCUUUAGUGGAUUAAAUAUCAACCUUCAACGCCUUCACUUGGAGGAUAAUAAAUUGACAGCUCUAUACGGAAAUGAAUUUAAUGCGCUGUUCUCUCUAAAAGAACUUUAUUUACAGAACAACUUGCUUACAUACAUUGAAAAUUCUACGUUCAAUUCGUUGAAACAUUUACAGGUUUUGCGUUUAGAUGGAAAUCGAUUAACUACUUUAACAUCCUAUCAAAUGCAUUCCUUCCAUUUGAAAAAAUUGAAAAUGUUAACACUUUCACGCAAUUUAUGGAGCUGUAGUUGCUUAUUUUUGCAAGAGUUUAUUCCAUUUAUUUCUGCUACUGUUACUGAUUCGAAUAAUAUUCAAUGUAUUGAAGAUGUAACUGGACCCGCAAUUGAAACCACAAUAAAUAAUGAUGAACGACGACGAAACGACGACGAAAACAACAAAAAAGUUGAUGACCAACAACGAAAUCUACUUGUCGAUCGUAGUUUGGCAAACAAAUGUAAAAAUUCAGUAUACAGCCCAAUGAACAAUGUUUCAAUGAUCCUGCCACCUGAAGGAAUUUUACACGGAAUGUUUCCAUUCAUGGUAUUUGCAUUUGUUUUGCUAUUCAUUUUGGCUGUCAUUAUCGUCAUGUUUACAAUAAAGGAGCAAAAGUGUCACACUUAUUCGUCAUCCAACAAUACUAUAUUCGAUAAAACCAAUGGAAAUAUAGUCGGCAUGGCCAACAAAUAUGAUGCGGUUAUUCUUUCGGCCAAAGAAGAUUGUGACCAUGUAAUAUUCAAUGUUGUCAACCCAUUGAAACAGACUAAAUCUCAAAUUCACAUCGGACAACAACACAAUAAUGUCCCUACUACAAAAUUGUUGCCAUCUGUAUAUUCUUCACGCAAGUUAAUAAUUUAUUUGACAAACCAAUUCAUUCACACAGAAUGGUGUCGACCAGAAAUUCGUUCAGCUAUAGGAAAUUCGUUCAGCUAUCCGGGAAAGGUAAUUCUUAUUCAGGCAUCAAAUUUAUCCUUACAAUCAAAUGCCGAUCACGAACUGUUCAAAAAUGUUGGUCGUAGCUCAGUUACAUCGUGGAUAAGUAUUGAAGAACCGGAAUUUUUAUACAAAUUGGCAUAUGCGAUUGAAGUACAUCCAUCUCAUUAUACGCCGCCCGCAAUAGAACAAACAUUUCAAACAUUAGUUGGCAUUCAGCAUCCAUUUAAUGAACAUCAAGGUUACUACAGUGUUGGUGGUGGUGGUCCAACACUUACAUCGAAAAAAUGUAUGUUGCCAUACAACAAUAUUCAUUACAACGAACCUCAAACACUUGAUAAGAAUGAUUCAUAUUAUUCGAGUGCAACGAAUACUUCGAUUUUAUCGCGUCAGUUCGACAAGCAAACAAUUGAACAUGUUUACAUUGGUAUUGAUGAUUCGGACUAUGGAAGCGCAACAAAUGAACCAACCAUACAUCGUUCAAUAGCACAACCAUUGCGGACGCCAAUUGCAAAGGCGGAAAAGCUUCUUAAACAAAUCAAAGGAAAUAGCUACAAUAGCGACGAAUGCUUCAGCGAAUCGCCAAAACAUAAUGACAGUGAUGAACUGUCAAUAUAGUUGUCGUUUAUUUAUUCAUAUUAUGGUUUGGUUUGAUUGUAAAUGCUCAACUCAAUAUUUAUAGUUUGUUUUAAGUUUCCGCCAAAUUCAAUUGUCUAUCUAAGACUGAUU